GCGGCCUAACUUUAUUUAUGGCUGUUAUAAAAGAUGAAUGAAAAUGGACUUGAAAAAAGUGUCUUUUUGGUUUUUGUAGGAAAGGCGUCGACCCUUUUUGUCGUCCUUAUUCAGAAUGGCCUGAGACUGGAGCAAACGAGUGGUGCAGUUCUACAACAGAUGAUUAUCAACAUAAAGAGAUGCUUGAGUGAAAAACUGGCACUUAUUCCAGACACGAAGGUAGUGAUAACAAAUAAUAUGCCACCUAUGGGGAAAGGAAACAUUUCAAGCGAAACUCUUGAAGUGCAUUUGUCUGAAAAAGGAGUGUUAACCACAUUGCUGCAGCUUCUGAACAAACGCUUAGAUACACUGGACCUCAUUUCAGUAAUGCAGGAAUUACAAAGGACGGUCUCACGAACAGUGACAGUCUCGCGAACAGUAUCUCGUUACAGGCACGUUGAAGAUGUUUAUACGCCAGUUCAAAUACGUGACAAUUUGUCGACCGUUCCGAGACUUCAGAAGACGGAAUAGGUAAGCUGCAGUGGUCUACCCGAAUAAAGUACUCCCCUUCCUAUAUUCCCCUUCGAGUCAUAGCGGUUCCCGCCUUCCUUUCUCCCAAUUAAAAAUCUCUCGCGCAUCCAACCCUCUUCAGGUCCACUAUUUGAGGUGGCAGACGAUAUGUUUUAACCCGUUAACCCACACAUUUGUACCGAUGACCGUCUUAGAUAUCAGCUGACUCUCUCUCUCUCACGCAGGCGAUGCAAAAAUGCGCCACAGCAUUACCCGCCCGGCUAAACGUAUUGUCGCUGGUCUUAUUUCAGUUAGAUACUUAAAAGGUCAAAUUACAACUGUGGACUGUACUGUCCUUAGUCAUACCCAUUACAAUUUCCUCAAAUUUGAUUGGUGCAUUAACGGCUUUAUCUUGUUUCCCUAAUCAUUCUGUAGGGUUGUAAUCGGACACCUGCAAUCGGGCAGUUAAAUUAGCCAAAUAAAUCCACCAAUCACAGAAGUUAUCACAAUAACCAUAGCAACAACCAAACUUACCCCACCAAACUGGGGAUUUUCCAAAAUGGACGAAUUUGUGACACUAGACAGUGUCUCCGGCAGUGAGAUUUUACCUAAUUUUGAACAUUUGGUAUUCAAAUGUUCUUUCACCAAAAAACAAGGCAUUCAUUUUCUCGGAAAUUUUAACGGUUAUGAUUAAUUGCUAACAGGACUUAGUGUCGUCAAAUUUUGUUAAUCACUCGUAUGAUUACAGACUGAAUUGGACUCCACUCAGUCCCAUUACCAUUAUCAAUUCUACUUAAUUUUGUUUUACACAUAUUGGGAAUAGAGAGAAACAUUUGGUAUAAAUAGCAGUAACAAGGAGAGUGAAAGGACUAUAAUGAGUUAGUAUACUCAGUUGCAAUUUAAAGUAAGCGUUAUUUAAGGGACCUGGGGCCACUGUGUCCCGGGUGAUAUAUCUUGUUUUUUCGAACUUAAAACUAAUCAAGUCAAUCUUUUAAUUAUUUGUUUUGCAUCUUGGAUGCAGCAGACGAGUUUUUUUUGUUUUUUGUUGUUAUUGUUGUUGUUGUUGUUGUUGUUAAACAACGACAAGGUAUCGUCAACCUCAUUUUCGAGCACACUUGGAGUCCAAGCACUAUUGCCUGA